UGUGACUGAGAGGUGAAAUGGCGCAGAAAGGAGCUCAGCUGGAUCGGGAAACUUUCUCUUGUUCGAUCUGUCUGGAUCUACUGAAGGAUCCGGUGGCUACUACAUGUGGACACAGCUACUGUAUGAAGUGUAUUAAAACACACUGGGAUGAAGAGGAUAGAAAGGGAAUCUACAGCUGCCCUGAGUGCAGACAGACGUUCACUCCGAGGCCUGUCCUGCUGAAAAACACCAUGUUAGCAGUUUUAGUGGAUGAGCUGAAGAAGACCGGACUCCCAGCUGCUCCUGCUGAUCUCUGCUAUGCUGGACCAGAAGAUGUGGCCUGUGAUUUCUGCACUGGGAGAAAACUGAAAGCCCUGAAGUCCUGUCUCACCUGUCUGGUCUCUUACUGUGAGAAACACCUUCAGCCUCAUUAUGAAUCACCGAGAUUUAAGAAACACAAGCUGGUGGAGCCCUCCGAGAAGCUGCAGGAGAACGUCUGCUCUCGUCACGAUGAGGUGAUGAAAAUGUUCUGCCGCACAGAUCAGAAGUCUAUCUGUUAUCUCUGCUCUGUGGACGAACAUAAAGGCCACGACACGGUCUCAGCUGCAGCAGAACGGACGGAGAAGCAGAAAGAGCUGGAGGUGAGUCGACAAAACAUCCAGCAGAGAAUCCAGGACAGAGAGAAAGAUGUGAAGCUGCUUCAACAGGAGGUGCAGAACAUCAAUCGCUCCGCUGAUAAAACAGUGGAGGACGGCGAGAAGGUCUUCACCGAGAUGAUCCGUCUCUUGGAGAAAAGAAGCUCCGAGGUGAAGCAGCAGGUCAGAUCCCAGCAGGAAACUGAAGUGAGUCGAGUCAAAGAGCUUGAGGAGAAGCUGCAGCAGGAGAUCAGAGAGCUGAAGAGGAAAGACGCUGAGCUGAAGAAUCUCUCACACACAGAGGACCACAACCAGUUUCUGCACAGCUUCCCCUCACUGUCAGCACUCAGUGAGUCUACAUUCAGCAUCCAGAUCCGUCCUCUGCGCUACUUUGAGGACGUGACAGCGGCUGUGUCAGAAGUCAGAGACAAACUACAGGACGUCCUGAGAGAGGAAUGGUCAAAGCUCUCACUGACUGAAGUGGAUGUUUUACUGUCAGAUUCACCAGCAGAGCCCACGACCAGAGCUGGAUUCUUAAAAUAUUCAUGUGAGAUCACACUGGAUCCAAACACAGCACACACACUGCUGUUAUUAUCUGAGGGGAACAGAAAAGCAACAUACAUGAGUAAUUAUCAGUCUUAUCCAAGUCACCCAGACAGAUUCACUGAAUAUAUUCAGGUCCUGAGUAGAGAGAGUCUGACUGGACGUUGUUACUGGGAGGUGGAGUUGAGAGGGGGUGGAGUUUAUGUAGCAGCUUCAUACAAGAAUAUCAGCAGAGUGGCGGGGUCGGAUUACUCUGCAUUUGGAUGCAAUGACAAAUCUUGGUCAUUACAAUGUUGCAACAAAAGUUGUACAUUUUUGUACAACAACAUCAAAACUCCUGUCUCAGGUCCUCACUCCUCCAGAGUGGGAGUGUUCCUGGAUCACAGAGCAGGUAUUCUGUCCUUCUACAGCGUCUCUGACACCUUGACUCUCCUCCACAGAGUCCAGACCACGUUCACUCAGCCGCUCUAUGCUGGACUUCUGCUUUUUCACAGUGUUGGAGACACUGCUGAGUUCCUUAAAGUUAAGUAA